UCAAAGAUGGCGCCGGUUAUUGUCGCUGCUGACAGCUCGGAGUUUUUCGCGUCGUUGUUCAGUUUUUCCGCCGUUAGUCCCGAACACAGAGUUCCGGUUUGGGUGUCAUGAGGAACCGGUUACCGUGCAGUGUUACCGGAUGCCUCGUGUGAACCGGACGGCCGUCUUAUCGCUGCUGAUCGUCAGUAGCUCCGUGUUCCUGCUGUUCCAGUUGUAUUACUACCGGAAGUACGUCAGUAAGCCUGGCCCUCACAUCCUGAGUAGAACAGGUCACCUGACCGCCAGCGACAUACAAUGGCAGACGGUGAAGCAGUUUCUAGCAUUAGCUCGGCGCUACAGGCUGCCACUGUUCCUCGCCGACACCGCCGCACUGACGCUGCUCUCCCACGAUGCUUUGCGGCAGCAUGACCGGCUGGUGCAUGAGCCACACUGCAGCUUCCUGUGCACCGGCCGGCCAGUCACAUCAUUCGCACUGCAUGCGAAUCUGUGGAAGUAUGAACCCGGCUUCCUAUUGGCUGCAGAGCAGAAAGGCUUCGAGCUGCUGGAGCUGCGAGGAGAGGACCCACGAUUAGCCAGUCUGGAUACCCUAUCAGGAGAGGAGAUCCCUCUGCACUUCCUGCUCCGCCUCCAUGGUUACAUCAUUCAGGUGGUGUUCCUGUACGAGCGCAGUGGGAACUACCUGUGGCACGGAGCGUUACGCCUCAAAGCCAACAUGGACCGAAGCUUCGCUCCCUUCAAACGUCUGGACUUCGGACGCCAUGCUGGCGCCUACGACAGGCCAGAGCUGGUUCUGACUGUCCUGGACGGCCUCGACAUUCGAAUCCCACGGAACGUUUCACGUUUUCUGUCAGAGCAGCGACACGCUCGCUUCCUGGAGUGCCGGUACCGUGACGCCCGCAAUUUCCUGCAGCUCUACCCUGACGACACAUCAGCGGACGCUGUCGAUUUUCGGAGAAAAGUGAAGUCAUUGCUUCAUUUGGCUGCUCAGACACUCGCUCACCUCAACAUCCCCUUCUGGCUCAGCAGCGGCACCUGUCUAGGCUGGUUCAGGCAGUGCAGCGUUAUCUCAUACAGCCGUGACGUCGAUAUUGGCAUAUUCAGCGUGGACUUCAGGUCUGACAUCAUCACGGCGUUCAGGGACGCCGGCCUGGCGCUCAAACACAAGUUUGGAAAGGUGGAGGACAGUCUAGAACUUUCAUUUCUGAGUGACGACGUCAAACUGGACAUUUUCUUUUUCUAUGAGGAUGGAGACGUUGUGUGGAACGGAGGGACACAGGCGAAGAGCGGCAGGAAGUUCAAGUACUUCUUCCCUCGUUUCACACUCUGCUGGGCAGAGCUUCUGGAGCUGAAAGUUCGCGUUCCUUGUGAAACGCUGGACUAUGUGACGGCGAACUACGGCGCCACAUGGAGUGUCCCGGUGAGGAGCUGGGACUGGAAGUCGUCGCCUAGCAACGUACAGGAAAAUGGGGUGUGGCCUCAGACCAAGUGGGCGGAGGUUAUCCAAGUUUACUGACAGGGAACGUUUGACUGAAAAAUGAAACAAAUAAAGACGUGACAAAAAACAGA